GCAAAAGUUGCAGUGGUCAACUGAUUUUUAUCACCACUUCCUUGUUUAUAUAACAUUAGUAGGUUGAACCUAAUUAUGUCGUGAUGCACGAUAGAUUAAUAUGUAUAUUUAUAUAAUAUUUUCGGCAAUAAAACUUUAACUUAUUAAUUUAUCUUAUUUAAUUAAAGAGAAUCGGAGUAAUUCUUUUUUACAUUCUUUGUUGUAUUUUCUUUGGUAAAUAAUUGACAAAUAGAUAUUAUUAUAAUAUUUUUAUAUUUUAAAAUUAUUAUUAAAAUUCACAAAAAAAAUAAGGAAAAAAUCUGUGGUCGGGUGUUAAAAACGUCCCCACCCGUGGGAACCUUUUUUUGUAACCUGAUUGGGUAUUAUAUUGAUGGGAACUUGGUAAUAAAAUAGGCAUGGGUGUAUUGGGUAUUAUUUUUUCUCAUCCCAUCUUAAUAAAAUAAAAAUCUAACAACAUUAUUUGAUUUUUUUUUUUGCCUAUCUCCCGUCUCCCGUGAGCUCCUCCACCCCAUCUCCCACAGUGAGCUCCUCCACCCCAUCUCCGGUGUUCGCCUACCUAAAACUCCUCCCAUGUUCGUCACACGCGAGCCAAGCUCCUCCAUUUGUCGAAGAUCUGAGCAAGUUUCGAAGCUGUACAUCCCUGGUGGUAUGGAUAAAAAUAAGUUGUGUGAUAUUCUAUCGGGGUUGAUUUCCCACGAGUGUGAAGCACAGGAAUUGAAGCGAGCGAUAUCAUAUUUAAGACAUGAUGUUUCUCAGCUCCGUUUGAAUGAGCUUAGACAAUAUGAGCAAAGUAAUUCAUUUGAUCUUUUGUUCGAGGACGCAUGUGGCUUGAUGAAUGAUUUUAAUAGUUUGACUAAGAAAUUUCGAAAUAGAAAUUUGUUUUGUGAUGUUAAUAUAGAGAAUGGGGAUUCAGAGUUUGGAGGGGCUCAUUUAGUUGAUUUAAAUGUAAAAGAAUGUGAGGUGGAGUUGCAAGACAUUGGUGGAGUGGAUUCCAAUGCAAAACAUGGAGAUGCAGAGUUGAAACAUGAUUCGUUAAGUGGUUUGAAUGUGGAAGAUGGGAAAGGGCAAUUGGAAGUCAUUGGGCGGGUGGAUUUGAAACUAGAAAAUGGAGAGGGAGUGUUUCAUGAUGAUGGGUUAGGAUGUUCGAAUGUAGACAUUUGUCCUUUGAAUGCAGAAGUUGGGGUAGAGCAGUUGGAAGUCGUCGGUUUGGUUGAUUUGAAAGGAGAAAAUGGAGACAUAUUUGUAGGGCAGUUGGAAGACAUUGGCGUGGUUGAUUUGACGCUAAAAGAUGCAGAGGGAGAGUUGGAUCAAGAUCUGUUACAGAAUAAAAAGAUGGAAGAUCCCCCAUUGAUUGGUCAAUGUAAUUUGUUAAGUGAUGGAAACUGUAGGGAUGGAGAUGGAAUUGAUAUAGUUGAUUUGGAGAAGAAUACUUGCAACAAUAGUUGUUAUUUUAAAAAUGGUGAGGUAGUUUGUGGAGAAUCUAGUCAACUGAUUGGUGAGGAAUGUGUUGUAGAAGGAGAUGGGUUGUCUUCACAUUUUGUGACUUUAAUUAAUUUGAUUAGUGCCAGUGAACAGUGUCGCAAAGGUGAAUUUUCCAAUUCUGAAUAUCAAGUAAUGUUGCACUUUAAAGAGGAGAAGGAGUUGGUCUUUAAGUUUGGUGGAUCUGGAUUUGAUUGUAAUAUUUUUGAUGUAGAAGAAAGAGAAUUUCAGAACCUAUCUUGUGAGGUUGUUUAUAUUUUCACAUUUAUUAUGUAUUUUUAAUAAAUUUAUUAUUUGUAACUUUUUAUUUAUUUUGAUUGGAGAUGAAGUUAGUAUCUAAUAUAACGCAGGAAAGUGUUAAGGAGAGUGUAUUUCCACCCUCUAUUCUGAAUCGUAGUAGUUGGGCUAAUUUGCACGAUCUCAAUAAUGAGGAGAAAGUUUUGAUGGAGUAUGUGAUGGACCAUACAAAGCCGGCAGAGUAAUUAUAUAAAUAUCAGUUAAUUUAUAAUUUUUGUAGUUGGAGUAUUAAUUUGUAGAGUUUUAAGCUUAUCUUCUAAACUUCUAUUUACAGUGAGAUUGUUUUCCUUGGUGAGAAAGUUGUUGGUAGGAGGAGAGAUUUCCUAACAUUGUCAAAAAAGCAACUUGUGAGCGCUAGAGUAUGUCCUUAUAUUGUUUUGGAUUUCUGAUUGUAUUUUAUAUUAAAUGAUGUGAAGAAGAUUGUGGUAUGCUAACUCUUUAAAGUGUUUGAAGGUUGUGAAUUGCUUAGUUGAGAUUUUAUCUUCAACGGAGUUAGGUGAGCGUGGGAACAAGAUUAUAUUUUGUUGGAUACUGACAUAUUUAUCGGUUUGUUUUUGUAUAUUCUUUUUGUGGUUAAUAUGUGUGUAGAUUUAUUUGGAUGAAUGUGUUAAUAAUGUAUUUGUACUUUAAACGUGGUAGCAGCGACCCGAUCCUUUAUCUUGCUUUAGUAUUAUUGAUGGUGGAAAAUGGCGUGCUUGGUGUGGAGAACUUGCUGACUGUGAGAAGGUUUAUGCCUCAAUCCUUGCAAAAAGACACUGGUUCCUAGCAGUAUUUAACUUGGCGUUGAAGAAAGUGGAUGUUUAUGACAAUUUUGAAAUUCCUUCUUUUCACCUUGGGUUCUGUAUAAUUAACACAAUGUUGCGGUCGAUGGAUAAUGCAUUCUGUGAAUCAGUGAAGAGUGUACACACAAGUGAUUGGGCUUUCGCCGACUUUGAUGUAGCAGAACCUUCGUCCCAUCAUAAGAAGUGCGCAGAUUAUGACUGCGGUGUGUACGUAAUGAAGAUGCUGCUGCAAGAGUAUGUGGAUGGAAUUUUAGGUGGAAGAGGAGACGAUGUCGUUGCCGACUUGGACUGGAGAUGUACUUGGGCAGGACCAACCAAUGUACCUAGGGAGAUUGAUAGGCUACUUAUUGGUGCAAGAAUCCUCACAUCUGGGGUGAACAAAGUAAGAGAUAAUAUGUUUCAGAAAGCUGUUAAGAUGCAAGAUAGAAUGGAAGGUUGAGUAGAUGGAACCUAUGUGGGUGGAGGAAUGGUUUUUUAUUUUGUUUAGUAAAAAGCCAUUGUGAAGUUAUAAGAUAUUGGACAAUUUUGUGGUAGAUAUGAAAGGUUAUAAGGUGAUGAAUUUACAUUAGUUGAACUAUGUGAUGAAGUUGGGCAUAUUAAGGUGUCUACAAUAUAAUUGUGUUUAAUUUUUUGGGUUGCAGAU